UGCCUUUUAGCGUUACUCAGGUGCGGCGUGAUUGUCAGGAUGUCUGAAACACUGUUCGUGUGCCCUAUGCACAACGUUUGGUAUGUGCUGGUGCUCGCGCUCUCUCUCCGGCUCAUAUAAGAGCAUAAAAACGCAAACGCGCUGCCUCAUGGCCAUGAAACGAGGGCGAGGCCAGCUGAGUGUCUUCUCCGUUUCUCUCCUUUCUCUUACGUUCGUUUGUGUUCGCUAUAGAUGGCCAUCAGCCGGCGGCCGUUCAUUCCAGAAAAGAUUCUGCUCGUACAAGUCCAUUGCGAUGGGAACGACGGAGAAUGAAGACGUAAAUAGGCCUGUGUUGCCAGCAAUAGAGAAGGGUGGGGGCGAUCAAGAAUAAGAGUUGUUCUUCGCAAACUGCAGGAUACCACCGUCUAUUGCCGGCGCUGGUGCGCUUCAACCGAGAAGUGGAGGCGCUCAGCGCUAUAGAGGAAGCCUUAUCGACCCGUCCACACUUGAUGCUCGACCGUAUGACUGGCUGCUAAAUGGAGUUCUUCGGCUUACCGGAUUGGAUCGUCUUAGCGGCGACUAUCUGUGUCCUUGUCUAUUUGUACGCUUCGUGGAACCGAAACUACUGGAGAAACCAGAAUGUCGUGUCAGAGCCAUUUUCCUUUCCAUUUGGUGCAACUUUCAAAUUAUUUCUCAAGCCAAUGUGCCAGCUUGACUCUGAAAGAUAUAAACGAUAUGGAAGGGUCUUCGGUACCUUCGAGAUGGGAAAUGCUGUCUUGUUUGUCGGAGAGGCAAAAUUGGUCGAACAAGUCCUAGUGAACGACUUUUCAUCGCUUCCGAACCGAAGGACCCUAACCUCUAACGACCCCGUGUUGGACAACAUGAUGAGUAUGGCACCCUUUGAACGUUGGAGCAAGAUUCGCAUGCCGGUGUCCCAGGCCUUCUCCAUCGAAAACGUGAAAAAGAUGAAUUCAUUGAUAGAAGACUGCGCUUUAGUUAUGGCGAACCAUCUGAAGAAAGCAGCACUGAAUGAAGAGGACAUCGACGUCAAAAAGUUUUUUGGGAGCUACACUCUGGACGUGAUCGCAAGAUGCGUAUUCGCCACCCGGAUAGACUCUCAUUCGGAAGGAAAGAGUGAAUUCGUCACCCAGUCAAGGCAGGCUCCUUCAGGACGUCUUACGCCCCGUAUCUUCGUGUACUUUCUUCUCCCGUUCAUCGCAAGAGCAACUGGUCUUCGACCACUCAGCCCCAGCGUGCUUGAGUACUUCAGGAGCUUAAGCCAAAACGUAAUCAAAAGCACACAGAAGAAGGAGCCGAAAGAUGAGAGCUUUGUUCACCUCUUUUUGGACCAUCAAGAGAAUCGUCAAAACACACAGGAUAGUUCUUCUGAGAGGGAUCAGCGAUUGUUCAACCUCGGUUCAGAGAUGAAGCCAGAUACUUCGUUAUAUUCCUUUGAAAAGCUUAACGAAGACCAAGCAAUGGCCCAGUGUUUGCUCUUCUUCAUUGCUGGCCAAGAAACUACUUCAAGAGUGAUUGCCUACACAUUGUAUUUGCUUGCUAUUCACCCAGAUGUACAAACAAAUUUGAGGAAGGAAGUUGAUGAGUGUUUUGCUACUCACGGUGAUCACCCCGACCUGGAAGCUAUCACGAAGCUGAAGCAUCUGCAUUGUGUUAUCUCGGAGUCGCUUCGAAUGUACCCGCCAGUAUCAAGACUUGAGCGAGUGCCUUGUUGCGACUACACACUUGGAGACAAAGGCGUGAGAUUGAAGAAAGGUGAUUUAAUCACAAUUCCAGUUUACUCCAUGCACUACGACCCGCUGUACUUUCCUGAACCCUUGUCGUUCAAGCCGGAGAGGUUCGACGACGAGAACGUCUCUUCGAUCGUACCGUACUCGUACCUACCUUUCGGCGGUGGACCGCGCAAUUGCGUAGCGUUGCGCUUUGCCCUGCAAGCUGUGAAGCUCUCUUUGGUUCACACCGUUCGCAGUGUCCAAGUGGUUCGGACCGAGAAAACAAGAGUGCCCCUGGAAUUCAAGCAUGGUUUCGGGCUCCUUACAGCGAAGGAUAUAAUUCUGGGAGUAAGGAAGCGGCCAUAGCUCGAACGCCAGCUGCGCAUGCGCCCACACCGACUCGCCCACCAUCGCAUCAAAUCGGGAUGCCACUAUCAUGUUCCACGUAAUGUGCGCUUAGUGGGACCCUCAUCUCGGGGUCUACGCCGUGGAAUAUCACGACUGGCAUAUGGUGGGAAAAUAAAGGAUCAUUUU